AUGAGAACAUUGUGUCCAAAUUUGGAGAAGAAAGAUGGGUUGGAGACAGUGUUGGAGGUCCCAAUACCAGAGGAGAUGUUUGAGAAAUUGAGUAGCAAUGGCAAUGCUGCAUUACAAUGGAAGAAUAUGCGUAAUCUUAUGAGGGCUCAAACUACAGAAAAAUAUUCUUCUCAACAUGUCGCUCUUGAUCAAUUUAUGUUUUUGUUUAAAAUCGUUGGCUCUGCUCUUGUCCCUUUUCAGGUUCAAUCGGACCCUACUGUUAAAUUGCCUCUUAAGGUAAUUAAUUCAGAGGAUUCUACUGCUAAAUACAUAGUACAACAAUAUGUAGCAGCAUGUGGAGGGCAAGCCGCAUUGAAUUCAGUAAAUAGCAUGUGUGCAGUAGGCCAAGUGAAGAUCUCUACAUCAGACAUGCAUCAAAGUGGUAUCAACGACAACUCAAAAUGCCACUGUGAGGUUGGAGCUUUUGUCUUAUGGCAAAAGAACCCUGACCAGUGGGUUUUAGAAUUGGUUGUUUCAGGUUGCAAGGUAAGUGCAGGAAGUAAUGGUAAGGUUGCUUGGAGUCAAUCUUCCUCUAGCUCUAGUGCUUCAAAAGGUCCUCCAAGACCCCUUAGAAGAUUUUUCCAGGGUUUGGACCCCAGAUCAACAGCGAAUUUGUUCUCGAAUGCUAUUUGUUUUGGAGAGAAGACUAUUAAGGACGAAGAAUGUUUUAUUCUAAAAUUGGAAUCUAGUAUAGAGAUGCUUAAGGCACAAAGUAUGAUUAAUACUGAAGUUGUCCAUCACACAAUAUGGGGCUACUUCAGCCAAAGAACAGGUCUUCUAGUUCAAUUUGAGGAUACAAAAUUAGUAAGAUUAAAGUCAACAAAGGGGGAUAGCAAUGUGUUCUGGGAGACAAGUAUGGAAUCUAUUCUUGAAGAUUAUAGAUAUAUUGAAGGUAUCAACGUUGUUCAUAGUGGAAAAACAGCAGCAACAAUUUAUAGAUAUGGAAAGAACAUAGAUUAUAGAGCAAAAAUUGAAGAGACUUGGUUCAUUGAAGAGAUCGAUUUCAAUAUAUUUGGUUUGUCAAUGGAGUGUUUUUUGCCUCCUGCUGAUGUAAACAAAGAAACUGAAUUUGAAGACCAAGCGAUCGCUUGCUAG